CGUCUUUCCUCCCGUUCCCCGUGCCGCUGUGCGCCGGCGCCUCCCGUCGCCCGCCGUCAGGGGACAAGUCGAAGCACCCGGCCGGGUAGGGCUUCUCUCCCCUGCGGCUGCGGCUGCGGCUGCCGUGGUAGGGGGAGAGGGAGGCAGCGGGAAGAUGGCGAGCGUGUACAUCCCGGUGCAGGGGACGGAGGAGGAGGUGCGGGUGGCCCUGGACCAGCUCCCCGCCGACGCCUCUGACAUCCUCGACAUCCUCAAGGCCGAGCAGGCCCCGCUACACCUCUGGCUCAUCAUCGCGAGAGAGUACUUCAAGCAAGGAAAGAUAGAACAGUUCCGACAGAUUCUAGAGGAAGGAUCAGGCCCAGAAAUUGAUGAAUAUUAUGCUGAUGUGAAGUAUGAGAGAAUAGCUAUCCUUAAUGCUUUGGGUGCUUUCCAUACUUUCCUGGGGAAGGUUGAGAGAGCACAUCAGAAGGAAGCCCAUUUCAAAGAAGCAACUCAGUACUACAAUAGGGCAUCAAGGAUAGAUGAAACUGAACCUUCUACAUGGAUUGGAAGAGGUCAACUCUGUGUGGCCAAGCGCGAUUUGCAAAUGGCAUCUGAUUCAUUCAAGAUUGUAUUGGAUGACGAUGGAAGCAAUUUUCCAGCUUUACUUGGUCAGGCCUCUGUUUAUUUCCUGAUGGGUGACAUGGAGCAGCAACACAAGAAAGCUCUGGACUAUUAUAGGAACUCACUGGAUCUCUAUAAGAGAGCCCUGCGGGCCUAUACCAGCUGUCCUGCUGCUGUGAGGCUUGGUAUAGCAUUUUGCCGAUACAAACUUGGUCAGCCAGAUAAAGCUCGACAAGCUUUUCAACGUGUUCUGCAGCUGGACCCUGAAAAUAUUGAUGCUUUAGUAGCACUGGCAAUCAUGGACUUGCAAACAAAUGAAGCUGGUGGAAUUCGCAGAGGAAUGGACCAAAUGAGAAGAGCUUUUGAAAUUUAUCCUUAUUGCACUUUGGCACUCAACCACCUAGCAAACCAUUAUUUCUUUACUGGGCAGCAUUUUGUGGUUGAACAACUGACUGAGACUGCUCUCUCUUCAAGUAAUCAUGGACUGCUGAAAUCACAUGCUUUCUAUAACUUAGCCAGAUCAUACCACAGUAAGGGUGAUAUUGAGACUGCUGGACGGUAUUAUAUGGCUUCUGUCAAUGAAAUCAGUAAGCCACAGGACUUUGUGUUGCCAUUUUUUGGACUUGGUCAGAUACAAUUAAAAUUUGCAGACUACAAAAGUUCAUUAGCUAGCUUUGAAAAAGUGUUGGAGGUGCACCCAGAAAACUGUGAAAGUUUAAAGGCUAUUGGACACAUAUAUGCAAAGUCGGGUGAGAAUGACAAAGCUAUAGAAACCUUCAAGAAGGUUACCCGGAUUGAUCCAAAAGAUCAUCAGGCAUUUAUGGAAUUAGGUGAAUUAUUGGUACAAUCUGAUUGGGCUGCUGCUAUGGAAUACUUGAAAACAGCUCGGAAUCUCCUAAAGAAGGCAGGAGAGAAAAUACCCAUUGAAUUGCUCAAUGGAAUUGGACUGCUUCAUUUUGAGAAGGGAGAACUUGAGAUGGCUGAACAAAGUUUUAAGGAAGCACUAGGAGAUGGCUUUUGCGUUUCAAUUAUAGAUGGCAGUGUAGGUAGCUCUGUGGUUAACUGGAGUGUUCAGUAUAGGGACCAGAGUUUUUUUCACCAACUUGAAGAAGGCAUGCCUCUUGAAUUACCUUGGGAUAAGGUCACUACGUUGUUUAACUAUGCAAGAUUGUUUGAAGAGCUUCACGAUACUGUGAAAGCCAGUCUCUUUUACCGCCUCAUUAUUUUCAAGUACCCAGACUACAUUGAUGCUUAUCUUAGGUUAGCAGCUAUUGCAAAAGAAAAAAACAAUGUUCAACUGAGCAUUGAGCUGAUAGGUGAUGCUCUAAAGAUAGAUGAUAAGUAUCCAAAUGCACUUUCUAUGCUUGGAAGUCUUGAACUCCAAGGUGACGAAACCUGGCUUACUGCAAAGGAGCAUUUCCGUGAAGCUAAAGAUGCUUCCGAGGGAAAAGACACAUACUCUAUGCUUCAACUGGGGAACUGGAAUUACUUUGCUGCUAACCGCCCUGAGAAAAAGGCCCCAAAAUUUGAGGCCACUCAUAGGGAGAAAGCCAAGGAACUGUAUUCAAAUGUACUAAAGCAGCACCGUGGUAAUAUGUUUGCUGCAAAUGGUAUUGGUAUCUUAUAUGCUGAGAAAGCCCAAUGGGAUAUUGCCAAGGAGCUAUUUACACAGGUACAUGAAGCUGCAUCAGGAAGUAUAUUUGUUCAGAUGCCUGAUGUUUGGAUAAAUUUGGCUCACAUAUAUUUUGCUCAAGGUUUAUUUCAACAAGCUGUGAAAAUGUACCAAAAUUGCCUGCGGAAGUUCUUCUACAACACUGAUGCGACUAUACUUUUGUAUCUUGCCCGGACACACUAUGAAGCUGAACAAUGGCAAGAUUGCAGGAAAACUUUACUGAGAGCUAUUCAUUUGGCUCCAUCAAAUUAUUUAUUGCGGUUCAAUGUAGGUGUUUCGAUGCAGAAAUUCUCCGCUUCUACUCUACAGAAGACAAAAAGAACAGUUGAUGAAGUUCGUGCAACAGUCUCUGAGCUUCAGAAUGCUAUUAGAGUAUUCAGUCUAUUGUCUGUGGCAUCUACAUACCAUUCCCAUGGUUUUGAUGAGAGAAAAAUAGAAACUCAUAUUGAGUACUGCAAACAUUUGCUUGAUGCUGCUAAGGUUCAUCGCGAUGCUGCUGAGCAGGCUGAGCAGCAAAAUAAGCAAAAAAUGGAAGUUGCCCGACAAAUUGCUUUGGCUGAUGAAGCUCGCCGCAAGGCUGAAGAACAGAGGAAAGCCCAGUUAGAAAGAAGGAAGCAAGAGGACGAGCUAAAGCAAGUAAUGCAACAGGAGCAACACUUCGAGCGUGUCAAGGAGCAAUGGAAAACCUCAAGCAAUAACCCUGGCAAGAGAAAAGAUAGGUCUAAGCAUGAAGAUGAAGAGGGGGGAAGUGAAAAGAGGAGGAGGAAGGGUGGCAGGAAAAGGAAGGAUCAGAAGACAAAGGCACACUAUGGGGAAGAGGAAGAAGAUGAAUACAGAGAUGAACCGGAAGCAGAAGAUGAUUACCCAAAUACAGCAAGGGGUAAUGAUGGUGACGAUUCAGAGAAAGCCCCAGGUCACCUUCUUGCUGCUGCAGGUCUUGAAGAUUCUGAUGCUGAAGAUGACAUGGGACAUCCUCAAUCUGCUAUAGAGCGGAAGAGACGAGCAUGGUCAGAAUCUGAGGAUGAUGAGCCAGUGCAGAGGCCAGUGCAGCCUAGCGCAGGUGAGAACGAUUUGAGUGACUGAAGUUGAUGGUGAUGCCUUUUGCGGUGAAGAUGAUGGCCAAAUGUGAGAUUACUGGCUCCUAGGAUGCAGAAGCAACUAUAGUGUAUGCUCAUAUGUUGGAUUUUCUCGACGCUGAAUUGGAGCGUAGCUAGAUGGCUGAACACUAGUGCUAAAUUAUCUGGGAGCAGAGCAGGCAUUCUGUAUUCAACAACUAAUUUCGAGUCAUUCUAGACGGAAACAUGGCAUGGAUUGGGCGGGGAACUAACAUAGGCAAUUUCUUAUUUAUGUCUGGUUUAUGCUUUCCACAUCAUCUUUUUGCUUGUAUUUAUGGUUAUAAGCCAAAAUUUGAAUUGUUAACCUUAAA